AUGGAAAUUCGAAUUGCUACCCAUGGAAAGUUGGGAUAUCUUACUGGCUCUAUUGCUAUGCCAGCCGAAUCUGCUCCUACGUUUGAUGCGUGGACCACUGAAAAUCUACGAGUCAAAGGUUGGUUAAUUGAUUCUAUGUCCCCUGAGUUGAUGGGCUGCUUUAUUCGUCUUUGCACUGCCAAGGAGAUUUGGGCUGCUGUCAAGAAAGUAUUCUAUGAUGGAUCCGACGAAUCUCAAGAACUGGAUCAUCGCGACCCCCCAUCUAUGGUGUGCGCUGCUGACACUGAUGCAUACCAGAAAAAACUCGACCGUCUUCGAGUUCAUAUUUUUCUUUCUGGAUUGGAUCCCGACUUUGAUCAAGUCCGUAGUGAAAUCCUCCGCAAGGAACCUAAACUGGAUCUCGACCAAAGUUUUGCUUAUGUUCGUCGUGAUGCACAACAACGCGCCAAUUUUACUGGUGCUGCCGCCUCUCUUGAUGCUACUGUCAUGGUGGCUCAACGUUCUAAGGGACCACCUUCAUCUCAUGGGAGUUCCUCGACCCAGGGGGUCAAGGACAAACCAGUUUUCAAGUGCACUCAUUGUGGUGGUUCAAAGCACACUCGUGAACACUGUUAUGAAUUAGUUGGCUUUCCAUCUUGGUGGGAUCAUUCUAAGAAUAAAAGAAGUGGUCAUAAGGCACUCCAAGCCUCUGCUACUCCAAAGACCCCCCUUGUCUUGAACUUCCAAACACCAUUACAAGCCCUUCGUCAGUUUUGUGCUUUUCAUUCCACUCCCAAUUUGGAGCCACGAGUCUUUGGAUGUGUGACUUUUGUUCACCUUUAUACGCAUCAGUGCAAUAAGUUGAAGCCUCGAGCACUUAAGUGCGUGUUUAUUGGCUAUGCCCAACAUCAAAAAGGGUAUCGCUGCUAUCAUCCACCUACUCAGAAGCUCUACAUCACUAUGGAUGUGGUUUAUCGAGAAGAAGAAAUGUAUUUUUCUGGGGGAGUUCAGGCACAGGUGAGUCCAGAUACUGUUGAUGAUCAGUUCGACCUGCAAGGAUUCGUUACUUUGGAGUCGUUAUGUCAUCCAACAGUUCAGGAUGCACUAACCGACUCGUCAAAUACCACUCCAGAAACCAUGCACGAAAGUCUUGAUGACCGGUCACAGUUGGUCUCCUCACCCACAACCCAGUCACCCGGUCAGGGGGAGAAGAAUGAUGUAUUGAUGCCCGUUUCUGAAGUUUAUAUACCAUUUAACCAAUUAUCUUCAGAGGUGUCUUUUGAACCUACAACCCAGGUAACAUCCCAGAACAUUGAUGUUGAAGAUUUAUAUUUAACUGAUUUGUUUUCAGACAAUCCAUCUAAUGAGAUACAUCUACAACCAUACCAAUUACCUGUUCGUAAGAAUCGUGGUAUCCCAACGAUUCAAUAUGAAGUGGAUCCCAAAGCUAAAGUGAAGUACCCGAUUAGCAACCAUGUUUCCACUCAUAGAUUGUCCGCACCACAUACCAUGUUGAUCAAACAACUAGAUUCUUUGUCUACACCAAGCAGUGUAGAAGAGGCUUUGAUGGAUCCAAACUGGAAACAAGCGAUGAAUGAUGAGAUGCAAGCUCUUCAAAAGAAUUCUACAUAG